AUGGGGCCUAACGAUGUUCGCCGAAAUCUCUUCCACCAGAAUCUGAGCCGUCGCCCCGCUGCCCCCGGACCUCCAAGCACCGCCGUGCCGCCAGGGAACAAUGGGAUCACGCAUCGGCCCUCACACCGACUAAAGUCGAGCACCUCAGAUUCAUCAUCUUCGCGGAGUAGCAGGUCCUCCGAGAAUCGCGAUAUCGUGGUCCGCGACAAGAAUGGUAGUUACAAGCUCGAAAUGCCUGCUUUACCGCAAACACUUGUCGGCGAAGAUGGCGAGGAGCUGGGAGAGCUGGAUACCGAGGAAGCAGACGAGAUGGCAUUUAAUUCCUCGAAGCUCAACGCCCUUGAUAAAGAGAAGUUUGAUGAUGCGCUGGUGGAGAUGAUGAUCCGCCAUCGCAAUAGACAAACAAAUGGUGAACCCGAUGAAAUCCUAAACAUCGUCCACCAAAGCCUACGCAAGAAGGUCGCAUCGUUGGACGACGACAAUUGGAUGUUCGAGCCCGAAAAAGAGAUGCGAUUCUAA